AUGAACUUAACGCUGAAUUGGUACAUUCUUGUGCUACUUCUUUGUCUACCAGUAUCAGUGAAUACUAUCGAAUGUCUGAACUACAGAGUCGCUGAGGGACAACCAAUAUUGAAGGCUGAACGAAAUGUCGAUGUGAACAUUCCGGAGAAUGCAAGGAACACAGAAAUGAUUGUUUCAUACGAACAGACGCACAAGGAAUGGAAGAAAACGUUUGUUGCAGUGAUGGGAAUUUCUCGAACAAAGAAACACACAUCUCAGUAA